AUGGCCGACCGUGGUACUCGUGCCCAUGCUCGUGCCUACGCCUGCACCUGUGCCCGUGUUGGUGCCUACGUCAGCACCCGUACUCGUGCCCGUGCUCGCGCUCAUGCCCGCGCCCGCGCCUGCGCGCGUGCCCGCUCUCGCGCCCGCGCCUGCGCCCGUGCCCGCUCUCGCCCCCAUGCUUGUGCCCGCGCCCCCUCCCGCACCUGCUCCCCCGCCCGCACUCGCCGCUGCGCCUACGCCCGUGCCCGCGCCCACACCCGCCGCUACGCUCAUGCUCGUGCCCGCACCCGCACCCGCGCUCGUCAUUGUCCCCCUGUCCGUCCCUGUGCCCGUGCUCGCACCCACACCUAUGCCUAG